GAGUGACGCGGCGUUAACGUACUAGAAGAUAAAAUUUGCUAGAAUAAAUCUCGGAUUAUAAAGACAACUCCUAGAGUUCGAAAGCACCCACCUGAACAUCACCUAGGUAUAUUGCCUGUUGCCAUCACCCAAACGCCAUCGGUAUGCUUGUAAUAAUCCCAGAGGCUUCAGAGUAUGCCUCGAAGUUACUCAGCAUAUUGAGACUUUAUCAUCAUCACCGCCGCAAUGCCCUACGCCGCGAGAAAAGCAAAAAGAAUGAACCAGAAGACUUGCGGAAGUCUCUUGGUGUUGAGCACGUCAAUAAACAAGUAACCUCUACUGUAAAAGAUAUUUUCACUACGCAAAAGCAUCUCACCUCGGAUGACGAUAAUCACGAUACGCAAAGUAUUUCCACUUCAGCGGAAUGCGACGAUGAUUACAGUUUUAUUCCAUUCGGUAUGAACCUAGUGUAUCCUUCCCACGUCGGCGAUUCCCCCAACACGCGCGUGUCCUUGCAUAAAAGCCGCCCAAUCGGUUUCUUCGGACAGGUCCCGUCAAACCUCUCCGGCGAGACGCUUGUUCCUCGGCCUCCAUUUGAAGAGCAUCAAUGCAGUUUAACUUCGAACCUUACCUCCCCAACUCCUAACCACCACUGCCAACAUCAUUGUCGAGCGGAUAUCCGUCUGCGGAGAUCAGUCUCCUACCGAAAAAUUGACUAUUCGAAGCGCCGGUUCGCAGCACGGACGUGUCGGACGAAAGCACAACGGGGAAAUCAGCAUGAUGGUUUGGCUAAUAUGGUAAGGUCUAUCGUAUAUGAUAGGUUACUAAUGGCUGAUUAGCGUGUAGCAUAUGACUCUUCCUAUCCGAACACGCGAGAACUGAUGGGAUUUUUGAGUGGACGGGUAUGGCUGAUGACUGGCUUGUCAACUCUGCAUUGACGGGUAACAUUGCUUCUUGAUAUUUGAUUUAUUUGGAGUAGGUUUUGGAAAGCGUGUUAAGGGUCUCUCAUGUGAGUUUGUGUAAAAAAUGAGCUGGG